AUGAAUGGCUUGAGGACGGAGGACCACACGCGUUCCGAUCGGGUCAGGAAGCGUGACCCGAGGCUGCUUUGUUCCAAUUUCGUUGAGGGUUUGCUUCUGUGCUCGUGUCCGGAGUUCGAUCAGAAGUUGGAGGAGGCUGAGUUGCCGAAGAAGAAGCGGAUUCAGGUUCCUGGUUGUAUAAGUGAGCUCAAAGGGUAUCAUAGAAGGCAUAGGGUUUGUCUAAGGUGUGCUAACGCUAGCUUCGUUGUGCUUGAUGGAGAGGAUAAGUUACCUGCAAGAUGGAUUGAUUACCCUUCAGAGUCAAGAGAUCUAAAGCAUCUUUAUGAUCAGUCUCUGUCCACAUAUAAAGGUCACUCAGUGUUGCGUACUCUUAUCCGUUGCUACUUCUCUCCAGCACAUAGUACUGGCCAAAAGUACAUCUACACAGGAUCCGACGACAAUUAUGUCUACAUAUAUGACUUGGAAAGUGGAGAUAAAGUGGCAGCGCUAAAGCAUAAUAACUCACCUGUGAGAGACUGUAAUUGGCAUCCGCAUUAUCCAACGCUUAUAAGCUCUUCGUGGGAUGGGGAUCUUGUGAAAUGGGAGUUUCCUGGGAGCGGUGAGCCGCCAAUCAUGAGCAAAAAGAGGGUUCGAAGGAGACAUUUCUAA